AUGGUCCAUGGCUUGGCGUCCUUUGGGAAAGCGUACACUCUAAUUACCAGUCGCCUGUCGUUUAGCCUAAAUUUUGAUCCAGUGUGGUGUUGGGCAUCAUUAGCGAGGAUCCACUCUCGUAUGUUCACCGCCGUUUCGAGAGCUCUGCAUUUUAGCUCUGAAUCGGGGGCAUCGAGGCCUCGUGAUGGUCGUGUCUACAAACACCGCAAGGGCAGUGUGCUACGUGUCUCGUAUCCUGGGAAGAUAAUCCUUGGGGGAAAUGUGAUCCUGGUAAAACUGAAGAAAAGUGGCCUUGUGGUUGUCCUUUACCGGGGCGGUAAAUCCUCUGGAAGAUCCAUCUGGGGCUGUAGUGGCGGCGAACAGAAACAGAAGAAAAAUCAAACAGUAGGAAAGAAACACAUGAUUGUAGCAAGACAGGCGGUAGCGUAA